AUGUUCCUUUAUAACCAUGCUGCUAUUUUCCCUGACCAAAUGCCAGGAUCUAUUUUCGCUAACGGUUACGUCAUGGUGAACGGUGCUAAGAUGAGUAAGCAAGCUGGUAACUUUUUGACUUUGCAAAACGUUAUUGAUAUGUAUGGUGCUGACGCCACUAGAUUGGUCCUCUGUGACAGUGGUGACACUCAUGCUGACGCCAAUUUUGAACAAAACAAUGCUAACAGUGCAGUUCUUAAGCUUAAUGCAUUCGUGGAAUGGAUAAAGGAAACUCUUGAAGGACCUAUGAGAGAAGAAGGUUCUGAAUAUUUGUUUGCUGAUAAGAUUUUCGAUACUAGAAUUAAUUUGUGUGUUGAACAAUCCAAGAAGUUCUACAAUGACAUGAUUUACAAGGAAGUUUUCAAAUCUGCUUGGGUUGGCAUGCAAGAAGCUCUUUCAAAGUAUAUUGAAAUUAUGAAGAGAGACUCUGAAAAGUUGCACAAGAAACUUGUUUUGAAGUUUAUUGAAAUGCAAUCAAUUAUUCUUUCUCCUGUUCUUCCACAUAUUACUGAACAUAUCUGGCGAGAAUUCCUCAAGAAAGAAGGCUCCAUUGUUGAUGCCAAAUGGCCUGUAGUCCCAGAAGCUGACCAAUCUCUUUUGGCUAGUGAUGAAUAUCUCAAAGAUGCACUUCACUCAUUCCGUCAAUCCUUCCAAAAGGAGUCCAAGAAUAAGAAGAGACCACUUAAGGCAUACGUCUAUGUGCUGACAAGACAAGGAAGAGCAAGCCAUGAAACUUAUUUCAACAGAAAUGAAAGACUACAUGAAAUUCAAGCCAAUGCCUUUAUUGCCGCUAAGAGAGAUCAAUACAAGAAGGAUGGUGACAAAGCUUUGAGCGCUGAAAUGCCUUUCAAUGAAUUUGAGCUUCUCAAGGCCAAUGUGAACCUUAUUAAGGCAUGCUUUGGAGGUGUCGAAACUGUUGAAAUUUAUAGCCUCUCACAAGAUUAUCCUGAUCCACUCAAGAGAGCAUUGAGAGCUCAACCACUCGAGCCUGCUUUUGGUGUUGAAUACGAAAAGUAA